CUCCGUUAUUUUGCUAAAGGUGACAGUAUACUUGCACUAGACGGUAUCUCUGAGCAGGUUAUUGUAGGCUUGAGUAAACACAGUUUUUAUCGAAAGAAAUACAAUAGGAAAACACGAAAACCGCUGUGUACCAACAAUGGCAAGCGCUAUUAAUGGUUUCCAAAAUGUCAUCAAAGCUACCAAUGUCACUUACAAAGACCACAACGUAACUAGGGAUAAGAGAGGGCAGGUCGUCGGUACGAGAGCAGGAUUUCGUGGCUGUACAGUGUGGUUCACUGGUCUCUCUGGUGCUGGCAAGACCACCCUUAGUAUGGCCCUCGAGGAUUUUCUAUGUCGACAAGGCCUUCCAUCCUACACUCUUGACGGCGACAACAUGCGAACUGGACUGAAUAGAAACCUGGGAUUCUCCCCCGAAGAUCGAGAAGAGAAUAUUCGUCGUGUUAGCGAGGUCGCUAAACUAUUUGCGGAUUCUGGGAUGAUUUGUUUGACGGCUUUCAUUAGUCCUUACACAAAGGAUCGUGAAAUGGCACGUAAACGGCACGAGGACGCAAAGCUUCCGUUCUUCGAGGUCUUUGUCAAUACGCCGCUAGAAAAAUGCGAAGAGAGAGACGUUAAAGGCUUGUAUAAGAAAGCGAGAGCUGGUCAGAUCAAAGGUUUUACUGGUAUUGAUGCCGUAUACCAACCACCACCUAAUCCUGAACUUAGUCUCGAUGCAGGAAAACUAACGGUAGAUGACUGUUUAGAGAAACUGGUUGAGAUGCUUACUGAUCGGGGAAUUCUUCCCCAUGCGAUGGUCAACGGGAUAAAAGAGCUUUUUGUUGCUCCAGAACAUUUAGAAACAGCAACAAAAGAAGCGAUGUCUUUACCUAAAUUAGCCAUUACAAAGCUUGAUUUACAAUGGAUCCAGGUUUUGUCGGAAGGAUGGGCCACGCCUCUGUCUGGGUUUAUGAGGGAAAAGGAGUAUCUACAAUGUCAGCACUUUGGCGCACUUCUAGGAGCAUGUGUAUCAAACCAGUCCAUACCAAUAGUGUUGCCUUUGUCUACUAAUGACAAAGAUCGUCUACAAGAAUGUGAUGCCUACACACUUACUUACCAAGAUAGAUGUAUAGCAAUCGUUAGAAAUCCAGACUUUUACGAACACCGUAAAGAGGAGCGAUGCGCACGACAAUGGGGCACAACAAAUGCUGAUCAUCCGUACAUCAAGAUGGUACUGGAGCAGGGUGAUUGGUUAUCGGGGGGAGAUCUCGAGGUCUUGCAGCGAAUAAAAUGGGAUGACGGUCUUGAUGAAUAUCGCUUGACACCCAAGGAAUUGCGAGCUGAACUCCGACGUAGAAAUGCUGACGCCAUUUACGCUUUCCAGCUUCGAAACCCGAUACACAAUGGACACGCUCUUCUUAUGCAGGACACAAGAGAGAAGCUACUCAAACGAGGCUAUAAGAACCCAGUUCUCCUGCUCCAUCCUCUUGGAGGGUGGACUAAGGACGACGAUGUCCCGCUUGGUGUGCGUAUCAAGCAGCAUCACGCUGUCUUAGAGGAUAAAGUCCUUAAUCCAGAUGCUACACUCCUAGCUAUCUUUCCAUCGCCUAUGAUGUAUGCUGGACCUACUGAGGUACAAUGGCACGCCAAGGCCCGGGUAGCUGCAGGGGUUAAUUUCUAUAUCGUAGGGCGUGAUCCUGCCGGUAUGCCCCACCCGGCUAACAAAGACCAGAACUUAUAUCAUCCGAGUCAUGGCAGACAGGUGCUGACCAUGGCUCCAGGCCUUACGCAACUAGAAAUCGUUCCGUUCCGUGUCGCUGCGUACAACACGCGUAAGCACAAGAUGGAUUUCUUCGACCCGGAAUUCAAGCAAGACUACGAUUUUAUAUCAGGCACGCGCAUGCGUAAUCUAGCACGUUCAGGGGAAAAUCCGCCCGACGGUUUUAUGGCUCCAAGAGCUUGGAAAAUUUUACAAGAAUUUUAUCAGGGAAAGAAUUAAUGAAAUUAUUGCAAUCCUACGUUACGAAGUCUUUACGUUACGCGCUUCUACGCUAGGAUUGAUAUUUAUACGAUUAUAGGUCUCAUAAGUUUGGUUGUCAUGGUGAUUGGAGUAUGCACGAUCCAGAGGUACUAUGGGUAAUAAUUGUUUGAUGGCAAAUUUAAUCCAUUGAAGACAUUCAAUGCUUUAUUUAGUGAAAAUCUUUGUUUAGUUUGUCCUUGUUUUGCAGCAGAUAAGAGAAUCAGUUAUCAGCAAUUUAAUACCCACAGGGCCGUUCGGUUGUGCUACCGCCGUUUCGCUAUGACAACCUUGUAUGUUGGAUUAUAUCCAUUUGACCAACACUCCUUAACUUUUAGGUUUUAUAAUGAAAUUAUACACCUUAGCUUUUACAAUUGACAGCUCCUAAGUCAACUAUAGUUUCGUUUACGUAUAUUUGACUAGAAGCAUUGUGUACGUUAUGCGCUUCACCACUAGUAUUUGCGGGUUAGGCACCUUUACGUAAGCAGUUAUGCGUAAGUCACCCAGACCACGCGUGUUUUAGCCGAAAAUUUUGGGAAUUUUUAAAUUUUACAUCGUAUACAUCAGUCAUAAAUAGAUUCAAAUGCAUUUCAAAGGGAAUUCGGGAUUAUUGAUAAGAUUUGGCUCGUAUACGUAACAAUACGUGCGAGGUUUGAUUCGUAUACGUAAGAACACGUGCGUGUCAUUGAGCCAUUUAGAAUGAGUGGGAAACGGAAACCAGUAUUUCGAAACCGUGUUCAAAUCGAAUUGAAACUAGUUUCGAAAUCGAAUCGAAAUCGUAUCAAACCAGUGUCAAAAUAGUACCAAAGCCUUGAUCGCGAAAACAUAUCGAAAUCGUAACGCUACCCACAAUUCCGCGUUCAUUUUGAAUGCGUUUCGUAAUCUUAUCGUAACUUUAUCAACUCAACAUAAGUCUCCAAACUUAAACAAAAAUUGGUUCAAAUUGUAACAUAUCAAUCUGCUUGGAAUCGGGCAUAAUUUAGCUUAAAAAGUUAAGUACCCUGGGUACGAGAAUUUACCAAUAUGAAUGACGCUUGGCGGUAACAUUGUUGUAAACGUACUAAUUAUGUUUUAAAUGACUGUAUAUCAAUUUGAAUAUAUAGAGGAUAUUACAUGGGCGCGCGAAGAUAUGGUAUUUAUCUUCGAGUGUUGAAAAGAUCUCUCGCGAGUGAGCUUAGCAAGAUUUUCAACACGAGAAGAUAAAAUCCAUAUUUUUUUCUGUUACAUAUGCACAUAUUUUUUUAUUUACAUGUGUGCACAUAUUCAAUAAUUCUUAGAGUUUUUGAAAUUUAACUAUUACAAUGAAAAUGGAUAUAUAAAAAGAAACAUUUUCUAUUUUU